GGAAUGGCAGAUCCUUCUAGCUAUGUCAAUCACGAGCGUGACAUCGACCAAGCACUCAUUGCUUUGAAAAAAGGUUGUCAAUUACUUAAGUAUAGCCGGAAAGGGAGACCUAAAUUUCGCUCUUUCAGGCUUACGCCGGAUGAAACAACAUUGGUUUGGCUCUCACACGGAGAAGAAAAAAAUUUGAAGUUAUCUACCGUUUCACGAAUUCUCCCUGGACAAAGAACUGCUGUUUUUCGAAGAUAUUUACGUCCGGAAAAAGAUUACUUGUCCUUUUCUCUUAUUUAUCACAACGGAGAUAGAUCUCUUGAUCUGAUUUGCAAGGACAAAGCUGAGACAGAGGUUUGGUUUUCAGGACUCAAGUCAUUAAUUAACAAAAACCGUAAUAAGCACGCAAGAAGUGAGAUCCCCGAGAUACAUGACAGUGAUAUUUUCUCCACUGGUCGUCCUUCUACUGCAUCAAUAGAUUUUAUACCAAAUAAUACUCGAAGAGGAAGAACGUCCAUUGAUUUAGGAAUCCAUAGUAACUCUCCAUUCCACUUCAGAGAGUCAGAUGUGGUUUCAGAACGUGGAAACAUGCUAAGACCAAGUACUGAUGGUUUUCGGAUUAGUGUCUCAAGCACACCAAGUUGUUCAAGUGGAGGGUCUGGUCCUGAUGACAUAGAAUCAUUAGGCGAUGUUUAUGUCUGGGGAGAAGUUUGGAGCGACGGGAUAUCACAUGAUGGUACCGUAAACUCUAAAACCGUCAAAACAGAUGUGUUGAUUCCAAGACCCUUGGAAUCAGACGUUGUUCUUGAUGUUCAUCAGAUUGCUUGCGGCGUAAGGCACAUUGCUCUUGUGACAAGACAAGGUGAAGUGUUUACAUGGGGAGAAGAAGCUGGGGGAAGGCUUGGACAUGGUAUUCAAGUAGAUGUUAGUCGUCCAAAACUUGUUGAGUUUCUUGCUCUUACCAAUGUAGAUUUUGUUGCUUGUGGAGAGUAUCAUACUUGUGCUGUUUCUACCUCUGGAGAUUUGUUUACAUGGGGAGAUGGGAUCCACAAUGUUGGACUAUUGGGACAUGGUAGUGAUCUUAGCCAUUGGAUACCAAAAAGAGUCUCUGGUCCUGUUGAAGGACUUCAGGUCUUGUCUGUCGCGUGUGGCACGUGGCAUUCCGCGCUUGCGACUGCUAAUGGGAAGUUAUUCACUUUUGGUGAUGGAGCUUUUGGUGUUCUUGGACAUGGAGAUAGAGAAAGUGUUUCAUACCCUAAAGAAGUGAAAAUGUUGGGUGGCCUUAAAACCAUGAAAGUAGCUUGCGGCGUGUGGCAUACCGUGGCUAUAGUCGAGGUCAUGAAUCAGACCGGUACGAGUACGUCAUCAAGAAAAUUGUUCACUUGGGGUGAUGGUGAUAAAAAUAGGUUAGGGCAUGGGAACAAAGAGACUUACUUGCUUCCCACGUGUGUCUCUUCACUAAUUGACUACAACUUCCACAAAAUAGCUUGCGGUCAUACAUUGACAGUUGCGCUCACGACCUCAGGACAUGUUUUCACAAUGGGAGGGACUUCACAUGGUCAGCUCGGUAGCUCGAGUUCUGAUGGUAAGUUGCCUUGUUUGGUUCAAGAUCGAUUGGUUGGUGAGUUCGUUGAAGAAAUCGCUUGUGGAGAUCAUCAUGUGGCUGUAUUAACGUCAAGAAGUGAAGUAUUAACUUGGGGAAAAGGUGCUAAUGGAAGAUUAGGACAUGGUGACAUGGAAGAUCGAAAAACGCCAACAUUAGUUGAAGCUCUAAGAGAGAGGCAUGUGAAGAGCAUAUCAUGUGGCUCUAACUUUUCAUCAAGCAUAUGCAUCCAUAAAUGGGUCUCAGGAGCUGAUCAAUCAGUUUGCUCUGGUUGUCGUCAAGCAUUUGGUUUUACAAGAAAGAGACAUAAUUGUUACAACUGCGGUUUAGUACAUUGUCAUGCUUGUAGCUCCAAGAAAGCUUUGAAGGCUGCAUUAGCUCCAACUCCAGGGAAGCCACAUCGUGUAUGUGAUGCUUGUUACACAAAGCUUAAAGCUGGAGACUAUGUUUAUAACUCCAGUGUUGCUAAUAGAAACGCCUCGACUCCUACAAGGUCACUAGAUGGCUUGGUAAGACCAGACAGAGAAACAAGGUCGUCGAGAAUUUUGUUGUCCCCCAAAACUGAACCGGUCAAGUACUCUGAGGUUAGGUCAUCAAGAUCUGAAUCUUCUAUUGUAAGAGCCUCACAAGUCCCAGCUCUUCAGCAACUUAAAGAUGUCGCAUUUCCGAGCUCGCUUAGCGCGAUUCAGAAUGCAUUUAGACCCUCUUCCUCAUUGUCCUCAAGUACAAGAACAUCAAGAAGACCGAGCCCCCCACGCAGCUCUGGAUUUUCGAGAAGCGUGGUUGAUAGUUUGAAGAAGACAAACGGUGUUAUAAACCAUGAAAUGACAAAACUGCAGAGCCAGGUUAGGAGUCUGAAACAGAAGUGUGAUCAUCAAGGUACAGAGAUCCAAAGACUAAAGAAAACAGCAAGAGAGGCUUCUGAAUUAGCUGUAAAGCAUUCUUCAAAGCAUAAGGCAGCAACAGAAGUCAUGAAAUCUGUCGCUGAACAUUUGAGAGAGUUAAAGGAGAAACUACCCCCUGAAGUAUCUAGAUGUGAAGCUUUUGAAUCAAUGAACUCUCAAGCCGAAGCCUAUCUAAAUGCGAGUGAAGCAUCUGAAACAUCUUUACCUACAACAUUGGGUAUGGUUCAACAAGAUACAACCCUUUCUGCAAACACACAAGAGCAAAAACUAGAGCUACAAUCAUCAUCUAAUGGAGCUACCACGAUGUCUCAAGAAUCUUCAAACAUAACAGAUGCAACUUCUCAACCGUCAGAUUCAAGGCCACCAACAGAAGCUUCAUCAUCACCAUCAAAAUCAGGAGGCAAGGAGCUUAUCGAACAAUUUGAACCUGGUGUUUAUGUUACUUACGUAUUGCACAAAAACGGCGGAAAGAUCUUUAGAAGAGUUAGAUUCAGUAAACGGAGAUUUGAUGAGCAUCAGGCAGAAGAAUGGUGGAAUAGUAAAAAAGAUAGGUUGCUUAAAAGAUAUAGUCAUCAUGUUUCAUCAUCAAGUCCUAGGGCUUCAGAUUCACUUCCUACACCAGCUCCUAUUCCACCACCAGCAUCAUCUCCUACACAACCACAUUCUGAUGAAGCAGAGGUUUCCAAAAGCAGUUCUUGA